CUCGACAGUAUUCCCUGAGGUCCCGACCGGGUGCUCCAUCCAGGAGUCCCCAAACCGGUUCGGCUCUCUCCAGGAAGGCAUGACAAACUGCUUGGGGCUGGGCGGCUGAGCGGCCCCGCGGCUGCAUCUGGACGCCGAAAAUCUGGCCGCCUCGGGGAAUGACGGGGCCGCUCUCACAGCCCAGGGAGGUGGAGAGGGCGAGCCCCACAGCCAGCCGCCAGACACCCUCCUGGGCAACACCGAUAAGGAGUUGAAGACGGGAGUCGCCGUUACCCCUGGCACCGCCGGGACAGCGCCGGUGGCCCCUGGUCAGCGGGAGCCCCGGGACCUGGCUAUGGAACCAGCAGGCUGUCCUCGGGGACUACUCCCACGGCCUUGCAGAGUGCUGGUGUUGCUGAACCCCCGGGGCGGCAAGGGGAAGGCUUUGCAGCUCUUCCGGAGCUUCGUGCAGCCCCUCCUGGAGGAGGCUGAGGUAUCCUUCAAACUGUUGCUCACUGAGCGGCAGAACCAUGCCAGGGAGCUGGUGUGUGCAGAGGAACUGGAUCCCUGGGAUGCCCUCGUGGUCAUGUCCGGCGAUGGUCUACUGCAUGAGGUGGUGAACGGGCUCAUGGAACGGCCUGACUGGGAGACUGCCAUCCGGAAGCCCCUGUGUAGCCUCCCCGGAGGCUCUGGCAACGCACUGGCAGCUUCCGUGAACUACUAUGCUGGGUACGAGCAGGUGACUAACGAAGACCUCCUGAUCAACUGCACACUGCUACUGUGCCGCCGGCACCUGUCACCUAUGAACCUGCUGUCGCUGCGCACCGCGUCUGGACUGCAGCUCUAUUCUGUGCUCAGCCUGGCCUGGGGCUUCGUCGCUGAUGUGGACCUGGAGAGUGAGAAGUACAGGCGCCUGGGGGAGUUUCGUUUCACUGUGGGGACCAUCUUUCGCCUAGCAACCCUGAGAAUCUACCAGGGCCAACUGGCCUACCUUCCUGUAGGAAACGCUCCCUCUAAGAUGCCUGCAUCUCCUGAACCGGCGCAGAAGGGCCCCGUGGACUCGUACCUUGUUCCCCUGGAGGAGCCAGUGCCCUCUCACUGGACUGUGGUGCCGGAACAGGAUUUUGUUCUGGUGCUGGUACUGCUGCACACCCACCUGAGCACGGAGAUGUUUGUGGCACCCAUGGGCCGCUGUGAGGCUGGUGUUAUGCAUCUGUUCUAUGUGCGUGCAGGGGUGUCCAGGGCCAUGCUGCUGCGCCUCUUCCUGGCCAUGCAGAAGGGCAAGCAUAUGGAGUGUAACUGCCCAUACUUGGUGCACGUUCCUGUGGUGGCCUUCCGCCUGGAGCCCAGGACCCGGAGGGGCAUGUUUUCUGUGGAUGGAGAACUGAUGCUGUGUGAAGCUGUGCAGGGCCAGGUGCACCCAAACUACUUUUGGAUGGUUUGUGGGAGUAGGGAUGCCCCGUCCAGCUGCGAGCCCCAGCAGAGGCCACCUCCAGAGCCGUUAUGAUUGCCUGGCUCUCUGUGCCUUUGUCUACUAUGUCUACACUGAGAUCGGGCCCUCUCCUGCAUCCAUCCAUGGGAAGGGAUCUAAAGCUCAUAUGGAGGUGGUGGGGACUCUGUAGAGAAAGCAGGAAGAUGGGGCUGUUUUGGAAAGAGGCUCUGCCCUCUAAAUGUUAGAAUGAGACGCUGGACCAGAGCCCGUUGGCUGGACAGUUGCAUGUAGAAGGCAACUCAACGUUGCUCUUGGUGCCCUUCCCCUGAGAAUCAAACCCAAAUAAAGUGACUUUUCCAACCUGC